AUGACACCACAAUCGCUUAUGGCUGCACGGUCAUCUAUGUUGUACAGCCAACAGCAACUUUCCUCACUGCAACAACAGCAAGCCUUGCACAGCCAUCUUGGAAUGAGCUCUGGAGGUAGUAGUGGACUUCAUAUGCUGCAAGGGGAGGCUACUAGUGCUGGAGGCAGUGGGGCACUUGGGGGUUUUCCCGACUUUGGCCGUGGCACAGCAGGGGAUGGCUUGCAGGCUACUGGAAGGGGAAUGCUUGGUGAGAGUAAGCAAGAUAUUGGGAGUGCCGGGUCUUCUGAAGGGCGCGGUGGGAACUCAGGAGGUCAUGGUGGAAAUGGGGGCGAGGCCCUUUACUUGAAAGCUACUGAAGAUGGAAACUGA